AUGCUUCCCACCGCUCAGCAUGCCUCUGGAUCGGCAGCAUACCGUCCCACCUCUCUGGACUUCAUCAAUCUUCCGAACCCAGUUGAGCCGCACACCCAAGCUCAGAAACAUCCUCUAAAUGGCACGCCGAGAUUGGAGAAAGCCCGUUUGGAGAAUAGCACGAAUCAGGAUUUAUUCAAACUCAUUCUCGACCCACAUAAUGAUCGACCCCCCAAACGCMAAAAGGCCACGGAUAAUACGCUUCUCGAUCUCCCCAAGCUGCCCGUCAGGAACUCGGGGAAUCGACGACUUCGCAUCCCGCCCACGCUUUCUGGACUCCAUCAACCACCGCCAGAUGCUGGUCUACUGCCUUCGAUAAGCGUCGAUCAGCCUCAAGUGCCUCCACCUCGACCUCAGGAGGCCCCUGUUGGUUAUGGAAAUUCUGUGGAUCGGCCAGCCGCCAUCGAGCAAAAUCCCGGCAUUCCAAAUGGAGGCAGUCCAACAGGCUCAUUCCCGGCAUCUAAGACUGGGCGAAGCAAACCGCAGCGUAACAAGUGGACAGAGAGUGAGACCGCAGAUUUGCUAAAAGGUGUGGCUCAGUUCGGGAUUGGCAGCUGGACCAAGAUCCUCAACUGUGCCGAUUAUCAAUUCCACCGACGGACGGCGCUCGAUCUGAAGGACCGCUUUCGUGUUUGCUGCCCAGAACAUUAUAAUCCCAAGAAGAAGACCAAGAAAGAUUUGAUUCUCAGACCCGCUGCACCUGUUCCAGGAGAAGCCGAAAAGGAGGCCGAAAAGACCGCCAGCAGCGAGACGAUCAUCGCGAAUCCAUCGCCCAAGAAGAAGAAGAUCAAAGGUCCAGCCUCGGAACGUAUAAGCUCAUCUCAGCUGAAAGAUCUUGGCAUCGACCGGCCGUUCACAAAAAGUGGCCGGCGCUCUCGACACGGCUACUCCGAAGCUGAAGACGAAGCCAUCUUGCGGGGCUUUCGCAAGCACGGCAAAUCAUGGUCGUCGAUCAGGAAGGAUGCUUCUCUAAAUCUGUCGAACCGCAACCCGAGAGAUUUGAGAGACCGCAUGCGUACGAGAUACCCCGAGGAAUAUGCCAAAGCAGGUCUUGCACUGCCGGCUGAAAAACCUACCAACAAGCGAGGUGCAGCCAGCUCUACUACGUUCACUGAAGACCACGAGACCUCCAAAGAGAGCCAGCAAUCACUACCACCUCCUGCACAAGAAGACGCCCCAAACAAGGACGACUCCCUUCCCAGGCCUGCCAAAAAGCCGGCCCAACACUCCAUUUUCACACUUGACGACAUUUUCCUAAAUAGCCUUUCUAACUUUUCCAACGAUGAAUACAUGGAAGAAACAGAACCAAUAAUCCUCGAUCGUGGGAUUCUUGACUGGGCACCCCGCGUCAACACAAAUGCCAACCACAACAAUAGUGGAAUCGACCCUCUCAUGACCCUCRAACUUCCCAAGCCAGUGGCUAGCGUGCCCCCGAAUACGAAUCUGGACCGUGGACCGAGUCAAUCCGUUUCGACUUCGCAAAAUCUUCCUUCUCUUGCGACCCUUCUGCCUUCUGAGCAGAGUGGCGAGGGACAUCUAGAGCUCCCGAGUUUGAUGCAUUUGUUGGAUGAGGGCGGGAGGAAUGGGAAUCUGACUUUGGAGGAGAUGCUGAGUUAG